AUUUUCUGAAAAAUGGUUGCAUAAUAUCGUUUUAGAUAAUUAGCCAAUGAGUAGUAUUUUUUUCGUCCAUAACAAUAAAAUUCCAUUUUUCCGAAAAUACAGCAGAGGAAGGGCCGAGCUUGCCAAGAAAUAGGCCCGAGUGACGGAGGAACGAUCUCGUCCGGUGCAAGAAGCAGCCUGCAAUUUCUGAAUCCUGGAACUCGGGUCUGCUGGGAAUCGGCCCAGACAAACGCACGAGCCACCAUCGUUUUUCUCUUUGAUUCAUUGACGAUUGGAUCCCUUUGAUCCGAUGAGGUGCGUGUCCCCGGCGUUCUCUCUAGGGUCUGAUGCUUCUAUGAUCAAUUCACUCAACCGGUCGUGUUGAAUUCGGAACCGAGGCUGGAUCAUGGCUCUUUUGAAAUUUCCAGUGAUACACUUGGAAAAGUCUGUUUUCUUUGGACCCAAUUCGAAACCUUUUAUGCUCCCACCAAGGAUAGACACAGGGUUCCUCCGGAAGCCACUGGUGAUCCAAGCUAAAGGAAAUACCCGAAUUGAAAGUCCGAAAAUCCGAAACAGGAGGAGGCAAAGGAAGUUUACCGGCACCCCUACAAGUCCAAGGCUUUCAGUAUUCUGUUCAGAUAAGCAGUUAUAUGCCAUGCUGGUAGAUGACCAAAACAAAAAGUGUUUAUUUUAUGGAAGCACUCUUCAGAAGUCCUUUAGGGAUAAUCCCCCGUGUACAACCAUUGAAGCGGCUCGACGUGUUGGUGAAGAGCUUAUCAAGGUUUGUGUUGACUUGGACAUUUAUGAGAUAUCAACAUAUGAUUGCAAUGGUUUUGCUCGUGGGGAGAGGAUCCAAGCCUUUGAAAUUGCAAUUGCUCGGCAUGGUUUCUUGCCUCACUAGAUUCGCCUCGGACCACAAUACUUCCUGUAAGUCCCUGUUAGUUUGUCCCAAGGGAAUUUGCCUGGUGGGGCACAUUAUUAAGCUCAUCUUGACUCUUCUUUAGUACAUCUACAUUGGCAAGGCAAAAGCACUUCCUGGGUAUUAAUUGAUUUGUGUGCCAGUUACAAAGCAGGUAUCGAGUGCUAUAGGUAUCGUUAAAGGAGAUUUGGUAGUAUCAUGUGGAGUGGCAAAUAACUAGCAGAUUGGCAGGUGAACUUUUGGAUCUAUCUAGAGAAAUCCUGAGCUUCUUACCCGUCCUCUUCUGUGGCUGUCUACAUCUCUGUUAGGGUCAAAAUACGUAGGUUCAAGUGUGAUCUUUGUAUUUUGUGAUUUCUCGGCCGUUCAUUGUAUCAAAGAAAAUAUAGGUUUGGCAAGAUGUGUUUUCCAGAUAUUGUUGCCAUUGCUUAAGGAGGUGGUCCCUUGCUUAUGUUGGGUUUGAUGGGGAUGUGACAAUUUCAUUGCAUGAUGUAUUUGUAAAGUAUGUAUGGACGCAUGAACAUACAUCCUCUUAAGGGAAACCGUAAUCUGUCAUGGAUCAUACUCA